AUGCCGACGUCUCUACCAAACGACGUCAUCUCCGAGAUACUCUCCUGGUUGCCGGUGAAGUCGGCAUGCCGAUUCCGAUGCGUAUCCAGGGGGUGGCGCAUGCUCCUCUCCGACCCUGCGUUCAUGACAACGCAUCAAGCCCGCAACGAUCCGCAUCUCCUCCUUGUCUCCAACUCUUUCCAUGGUCUAGCCGGCGAAGGACUCAGCGACCUGCGGCUGGUGGACAUGGACGGCCGCAUCCUGAGGGUGGUCGAGGCCGCAGGUGACCUCUGGACCAUCUUCUCUGGCCCCGACGGCCCUGUCUGCGCCACCCGCCAUUAUAAAGUCCUCAACCUGAUCGAUAUGACGACAGGAAUUGUGCUGAGGACUUGCACAUGGAUGGACUAUGGAGACUAUACCUUUGGCAUCGGCUAUGCCGCCCGGUCAAGUAUGUACAAGAUGGUCUGUAUCAUGAAUAGUACACUUGGUCAGCACACAUGCACGGUUCUUACAUUAGAAGAUGAUGAAGCCAGAAUAUGGAGGAAGGUCCAGUCACCGCCAACUACAGCCGACGGUCGUUGUCACCAGAAUUGUGUGGCGACGAUAGAUGGUGCCGUCUACUUCCUUUAUGGCUCGGCGAACGAGGUGCUCUGCUUUGACCUCGAGAGCGAGGAGUGGAAGGGGACAAUCAAAGGCCCAGCUAGAUCAGGUGGUGAGUUACCACAGAAGUUUCGUAUGGUUGAGCUCGAUGGUGCCCUUUGCAUUGUUCACUUGGUGGGGCGCCAGACUAGCCGUCGUCACACAACCAUAUGGCUCAUGUCUGAUUCCGCCAGGGGCACCUGGGUCAAGAUGUACACGAUCCCGAUGCUUCCAUCCAUGGAUUUCGUGAGGCCUUUGAGGAUGAUACGUCGUGAUGGGAAGCUAUUGUUCUAUUGCUUCCAUUUUGGCGAGGCAACUCCAUCGCUGGAGCUCUAUGAUCCGUUCAAUGGGACAUGCACACACUUGGCGAAGCAUCCACGUAACCUCUUGGGUGAUGUUGGUGUUUGGGGCUUGCACUUGAAGUGUUUUGUCUCAGCCAAGAUCUCGCCGGUGGCUACACCAGAUGAAUCCUUGAUCUCUUUUAUAAAGGAUCUUUUUGACAAACCAAAACCACACGAAUCCUUGAUCUCUUUUAUAAAGGAUUUUUUUGAGUAG